AGCUUCAGGGUUGCUAAGGGGAAUUCUGCAGGUCACGCCACCUUCCUUGAGGCGAAAGAGCCGCCUGGGCGUGCCUCCUUUAUAGCUGCAAAGGGGCGUUCACGCGGCGCAGCUCGCAGGCGAGGCUUGUUCGACGAGAGCCGCGCUGCAUCUCUCCGGCGAAGGCAUUCAGGUCCGGAGCGCCUGGGCUUGCCGCGCGCGAGCGGCGUCGUCUCAGGUGGUCCCCAUCGGGUCCCAGAUUUUGGGUGAAGACCAUUUCCCUCUCUACCAUAGAACGGGACCAUAGAACAAAACCAUGAGAAGUUACACAGUGAAUCAAGUGUCCAAAACUGAACCUCCAGGUAAUGCCUAUGACAACCCUACUUUCCAUUUGGAUGAAGAACCUGCAACAAAUGGCCAUUUAAAGAAGAAGAAGAAGAAGAAAGAAAAGAAAAAUGAGAAGCCAGAGAAGAAAGGGGAGGCAGUUGGCUUUUUCGAGCUGUUUCAUUUUGCAGAUGGGCUAGAUAUUAUUUUAAUGAUAGUGGGGUUAAUCGCAGCUGCUGCAGCUGGAACCGGACAGCCAAUUUUAAUCAUCGUCUUCGGCCAGAUGACAAACAGCUUUGUGAUGACCAGCCACAAUAAUGUUUCAGAAGCUGCACUAGCUAAUAUCUCAGGAUGUCCACCUUCAAAUAUAGAAAACCAAAUGGCCACGCAUGCUUACUACUUUGUUGGUAUUGGCUUUGGGGUAUUGCUCUGCAGCCUGAUUCAGGUGUGGACCUUUGUGACCAGUUCUGCAAGACAAACAGCAAGGAUACGCGAGAAGUUCUUUUUUGCUGUACUUCACCAAGAAAUGGCCUGGUUUGAUACCAACCAGAUUGGCACACUGAACACGAGAUUAACAGACGAUAUUAACACCAUUCACGAAGGAAUUGGAGACAAGCUCAGCAUAUUAAUGCAGAAUUUAAGCACGUUUGUGACGGGCAUUAUCAUAGGAUUUGUGCAUGGAUGGAAGCUGACCCUGGUUAUCUUGUCUGUUAGCCCGCUUCUCGUUGUAUCUGGGGGUUUGUGGUCAUACCUCCUGUCAAUGUUGACUACUAAAGAACUGUCAGCCUAUGCUAAGGCAGGUGCUGUGGCAGAAGAAAUCUUGUCGGCCAUCAGGACUGUUGUUGCUUUUAAUGGGCAGGCGAAAGCUAGAGCCAGGUAUGAUGCAAACCUAGAGGACGCUCAGGUUGUUGGAAUGAAAAAGACCAUCACCACCAAUAUGUCAAUGGGUGUCUCCCAGUUUUUAAUAUAUGGAUGCUACGCACUUGCCUUUUGGUAUGGAACGAAGCUCACAGUGGAUGAGAAAGAAAACUACGACAUCGGGAAAGUAUUAAUUGUGUUCUUUUCUGUGAUUGUUGGUGCAUUUUCCAUUGGACAAGCUGCCCCAAAUUUGGAAAGUGUGGCCAAUGCUCGAGGAGCAGCCUAUGAAGUCUUCAGAAUUAUCAGGAAGCCCCGCCCCAUAGAUAGCAGUUCCAGUGAGGGGUUCAAGCCAGACAAACUGCGAGGAGAGAUUGAAUUCAAAAACAUCAGUUUCAGCUAUCCCUCAAGGCCUGAUACUCAAAUUCUCAAAGGUCUGAGCUUAAAAAUCCAGCCUGGGAAAACUAUUGCUCUUGUUGGUUCCAGUGGUUGUGGGAAAAGUACUACAAUUCAACUAUUGCAGAGAUUCUACGAUCCCGCUGAAGGAGAGAUAACCAUAGAUGGACAUGAUAUCCGGACGCUUAAUCUCAAGUGGAUGAGAGAAAAUAUUGGCAUUGUAAGCCAGGAACCAGUAUUGUUUGCUACUACAAUAGCAGGCAACAUCCGCUACGGCAGAGAGGAUGUUACGGAUGCUGAGAUUGAGCAAGCAGCGAAAGAAGCUAAUGCUUAUGAUUUCAUAUCCAAACUUCCUGAUAAAUUUGACACCAUGGUUGGGGAAAGGGGAGCUCAGCUGAGUGGAGGGCAGAAACAGCGUAUAGCAAUUGCUCGUGCCCUAGCCAGGAACCCCAAGAUCCUGUUGCUGGAUGAAGCUACCUCUGCUCUGGAUAAUCAAAGCGAAUCCAUAGUGCAAGCAGCACUUGAUAAGGCCAGAACUGGGCGAACCACGAUCGUGAUUGCUCACAGACUCUCCACCAUCAGGACAGCCGACAUUAUUGCUGGCUUUGAGAAAGGUGUCGUGGUUGAACAAGGGACCCAUGACAAGCUCAUGGCACAUAAGGGAGUCUACUAUGCACUUGUAAUGCAGCAGUGCUAUGGUGGAGAUGAUCAAAGCGAUGAAACAGUAGAAGAAACAGAUUUUGAGACUGAGGAAGAUGACGACGACUCUGAGGAUGAUUAUCUAAAUGAGGUGGAGGCCAGUGUCUUGGAAAAUCCUGUUGAUGGCACAGAAAUAGCUCAGGGAGGAAGCAUCAGUAAACGCAGCCUCAGUAGGGCUUCUACGAAAAGAUACUCUGACAGGAAGAAGAGGAAGAGGAGGAGGAAGAAGAAAGCAAAGAAGAAGAAAAUGGAAGAGAAGCUCCCUGAGGUGCCUUAUUCUAGAAUUCUAGCCCUGAAUAAGCCUGAAUUCUGCUCUAUAGUGUUUGGAAUCAUUGCUGCUGCCAUUGGAGGUGGCGUCACUCCUGCAUUUGCUGUUCUGUUUGGUAAAAUAAUUGGUGCUUUCCAAGAAACAGACCCUGACAAGAAAAGCCAAAAAACGGUGUUGUUUUCUCUUAUGUUUCUUUUGUUGGGAGUGAUCAGCUUAAUAGCAUAUAUUGUCCAGGGAUUCAUGUUUGGGAGGUCUGGGGAAGCUCUGACUAUGCGGUUGCGAUCACUUUCAUUCAAAGCAUUGCUUCAACAGGAAAUUGGAUGGUUUGAUGACCAUAACAACGGCAUCGGAGUUUUGCUAACCCGACUUGCAACAGAUGCUUCUCAAGUCAAAGGAGCUACUGGAAGUCGGCUGGCCUUAUUAACCUCAACGAUCUUUACACUCUUGACAGCUAUUAUUAUUGCUUUUGUGCAUGGCUGGCAAUUAACAUUGCUCAUCCUGGCCUGCAUUCCUUUCGUUAUGGUUGCCCAUAUUAUACGACUGAAAUCAGUGACCGGCCAUGCGUCGAAGGAUCAAAAAGCCCUCGAGGAAGCUGGAAGAAUUUCAACAGAAGCUGUGGAAAAUAUAAGAACUGUGGUUUCAUUAACAAGAGAAGACAAAUUUUUUGAGAGAUAUAUUUCAAGCGUAGAUGGUCCAUACAGGGACUCUCUGAAGAAGGCUCCCAUUCAUGGAGUUACAUAUGGAAUAGCCCAGUGUUUCAACUUUUUUAUAAAUGCUGCUGUCUUCAGAUUCGGAGCAUGGCUUAUUGCCCGUUGUUUAAUGGACUUCGAGCAACUUUUUAUAGUCUUCGCUUCUGUGAUUUUUGCUGCUAUGAACGUUGCUCAGUCCAGUUCUCUUGCACCAGAUUUUGGCAAAUCAAGGGUUUCUGCACAAAGAAUUUUUCAACUUUUGGAUCGGAAGCCAGUGAUUGAUAGCUAUAGUGAAGAAGGUGAAAAAUUGGUGAAAUUUGAUGGCAACAUUGAAUUCAGAGACAUCCAUUUUGAAUAUCCAACUAGAGUGGAAGUUCAAGUUUUGCAAGGACUCUGUUUAAAGGUUAACAAGGGGCAAACUCUGGCAUUAGUGGGGAGCAGUGGUUGUGGCAAAAGCACCUCCAUCCAGCUUCUGGAGAGAUUCUAUGACCCAGGAUCAGGACAAGUGCUUGCAGAUGGCGUGGACACCAAAUCUCUACAUAUUCAGUGGCUAAGAUCCAGACUUGGUCUUGUGCAACAGGAGCCUAUUCUCUUUGAUUGCAGUAUCACAGAGAACAUCCAGUAUGGGGACAACAGCCGAGUUGUCAGUCAGGAAGAAGUUGAAGAAGCAGCUAAAGCAGCUAAUAUCCACAACUUCAUAGAAAAUCUCCCCGAGAAAUAUAAUACUCGAGUAGGUGACAAAGGAGCACAGCUUUCAGGAGGACAGAAACAAAGGAUAGCCAUUGCCCGUGCCCUUGUCCGAAAACCAGCCGUUCUUCUUCUGGAUGAAGCCACAUCAGCUCUUGACACAGAAAGUGAAAAGAUUGUCCAGAAGGCCUUGGAUGAAGCUAGAAAGGGCCGGACCUGCAUCGUCAUUGCUCAUCGGUUGUCCACGAUCCAGAAUUCUGACAUCAUAGCAGUCAUCCAGAAUGGCAAAGUAGUGGAACAGGGAACUCACAGCCAGCUGCUGGCCAUGGGUGGAUUCUAUCAUGCCCUUGUCAAUGCACAAGUAGCUCAUUAGCCCUGGCUGCAAAUUCUGUGGAUAAAAAAACAAACCUCAAUUUAUGCCUAAGGCAGCGUUGUACUUGAGUCUGUCAAAGAACAGUCCCCUGUACCAUAUGACAAAACCACAUUUGAAAAUGAAGGGGUUGUGUAAUAUAAGGAAGAGGGGAGAAUCUCCUGUUCCGAGAAGUGGGAAGUCAAGUCGUCCUUUGGCAUGUUUAUGCCCUUCAGCACCCCUGAAAUAGUCCUUUGGGUCCCAGUCAAGGUUUAACUGUGCCUUGUUUCUUAUCACCAUCACCAGGUAAUGCUCAGGAGCCUGUCAAUGUGGGAUGUAGGCCUGCUGCGCAUCUUCAUGAGAAAAGAAAGAGAUUUAUUUAUAUUUUACUUUGCUACAGAAUGUUUUUGUAUCAUGGUGUUGAUUUUACUUUUGUAAUAGUAAUAAAAAAAAACCUGUGAAAUCCCAGUAAGAACUAAUAGAAUUUACUGGUAAGGUUGGAACCGACUUGAAAGCCGUCAGACCCAAUGUCAUGCCCCAGGGCAAAAGAUUUAACUUCCACAAGAUGCCAGAAGCAGAGAAGUAGUGCUAAUGUGGUGGAAGGAGCUAAAAGUCCCUGCAGAACGUUCCUUUUCUGAUUAACCAAGUGAGCCCAUUCAUAAAUUUCAGGGAAAUACAUAUAUAUUUUAAAGCUAUUUUCCAAACACUAUUUAUAUCCAGCAUACAAGUUUUUCCUCACCCCAUUUUAUCUGCACAGCAAUCCUGAGAGAAAGAGCAGCUGGGCUCACAGUCGUCCACUGAGCUUCAUAGCUGUGUGGGAUUUAAACCGAGGGCCUUCUCAAUCCUAGUUGGCUUCACCAUGCUAACUUUUUCUGUAGGGUCAGUAUCAGCACUGCAUGAAGGAAACUUGAAAUUCACAUUUAGCAACACUGCAAAGUCGACAUUUACUGCAGUUUACAGAUCUUCACUAUGCAAGUGACAGCUUAGAAAUAUAUAUAUAUACUUUUAAAAAAAUUAUUGUCAUCUUUGCCCCACACGUCAUGGGGAUAAAAUACGAUAACACAAAACAGUUCCUGCCAAUUUUUUAAAAUUAUCUUUUCAACUAGCCCAAACACAAAUAGGGCAUGUCCUCUUCUUUCUUACACAUGGGAUUUUAAACAGCCCAGGAAGUACAAAAGCUUUUUAAUUCAAUGGCACUAAAGGAAGUGCCAUCUGUGGUUGGCUGUCAACAGUGGUUGCCACACUGGUUUCAACAAAUGAAGAUGCAAGGUAGGUAGAUGAGGGAAUGGUCUCUCUGUGUAUAGUUGCAAGUUGCUUCCCAAUUUCUCCUGAUGGGAGGAAUUCCUGUGUAACUGAAUUUUUGCUUAGCCUUAAACUUGGCAAAGGCAUAGAGAAAUGUGUUUGGGUUGCCACUAUUUAUUUUUGCCUUCACUGUUUUCUGGAGUCUAAUAUUACAGGAGUUAACAUGGGAAACUUCCUUGCACCAAAUCAGACCGUUGAUCCACUUAUCUCAGCAUUGUACAUACUGACUGGCAAUGGCUCUUUUCCAGCCCUGCCUGGAAAACUUGGGGAUUGAGCCUGGGACCUUUUGCCAGCAGAGAACGUCUUCUGCCACUGAGCUUUGGGUCUUGCU